AUGGCCGUCGGGGUCAUCAACGGGCGGCAUGCUGCCGACGAGGAGGCCCGGGCCGAAGUCGACGUACUCAACUCACGCCUGGAAAAGACGACGCAGUUGACGAAGAAGAUCCAGGCGUGUCUCGGCAGGCUCGAGGCUACAGGGAAGAGUGUCCGGGACGUGGCAGGCCCGCUCAAUGGCGAAACGAAAAAAUUGCAGAUUCUCGGCAACAACAUCGAGGCCGUCCUAGCAGCCAUCGAGCGUCUGCGCCAGCCCGCCGACAGCAAAAAUGACGAGGAGCAGAUUAUCCGGAUGGGCCCAGACAAGGCCGGUCUGCCGAACUAUCUGGCUUCCAUCAAGCGCCUGAGCAAAGCGCUCAGCGAGAUGCAGGCCUCGAAGCUCCGGUCGACGCAGCAGACCGUGGCCGAGCUCCAGCGAUUAGUGAAGCUUGGAAAUACACAACUGGAGAACGCGUUCGACAGGUUACUCCGGAACGAGACCCCUCGAUCAAUCGAGCCACUACACUUCAUCACGAAGAACAAGCCAUUCCCAGUGCUGUCCCAGGACAAGUUCGCCAGGCUUGGCCUAAUCAAUUCAUAUGUUGCCGGGGUGCACCGACAGACUGGUGGCGCCGGAGCACCCCAGGAGUCGCCAAUCGCGAAGAUCUACAUCGAGAUCCGGUCACAAUACCUCUCCUCUGCAUUACUGAACCUGGCCACGGCCAGCACCAGCACGGCCAAGAAGAAGAAUCCGGACGCGAUCUACCGAGCGGGCACGAGCGGGAUAGGAACCUAUGCUCAAGCAAUGGAGGGUCUUUUCAUCGCCGAGUAUGAGAAUAUCUGCAACAUCUUCACAAGAGAAGACUGGGGACCGGUAUUCGAGGCGACAUGUCAGCCGUCGCUGGUGGAGCUGGGGAGGACACUGCGGGAGCUGAACGGGCACAUCAAAUCACACAUGAACACCGACUGCUAUUUGGCGUACGAGAUCGUGGAGAUCAUCUCGGAGCUGUCGAAUAACUUGGAGCGGCGGACGGGCGAGCUCAAGAGCUCGCUCGCGGCAUCGCUUAAGCCGGUCCGUGAGACGGCCAAGUCCUCGCUACCCGAGCUGCUCGAGGACACCAAGAGGAGAGUCAGCGGCCUCCAGUCGCUACCGCUGGACGGCGCUCCGGUGCCCAUCGUUUCUGAGACGAUGCAGCGGCUCCAGAACAUGGUGCAAUUCCUCCGGCCAAUUUCGAGCAUCAUGAUCUCUCUGGGAGACGGCGGUUGGAAGUCUGCCGCCGCAUCGAGAGGCGAUGCUGCCCCAAGCCUCGCCUCUUUCGACAUUGGCGCGGACGGGAAAGAGAUCUUCGCGCACUACUGCACUGACACAAUCGAGGCCCUCAUGAUGGCGCUGGACGCCCGGGCAAGACUCCUGCUCCAAAAGAAGCCCGUCAUGGGCGUCUUCCUCGCCAACAGCGUGGUCAUCAUCGAGCGUGCAAUCCAAAACUCGGAGCUGGCCGGCUUGCUCGAGUCGCGCCUGGGCGCGCUCGAGGUGUGGCGCAAGAAGGCCGCCAGCCUCUACACCGAGACAUGCAAGGACGUCAGUGUGCACCUGUUUGACGUGAUCCACACGAGCCGUGGCAUGGGCGGCGGCGGCAGCGGGCGCCCGACCUCGGGUCAGGGCGGCGCCAUGGUGGUGGACUCGGCGUCCAUCCUCAAGGGCCUGAGCUCCAAGGACAAGGAUGCCAUCAAGGGCAAGUUUACCGCCUUCAACGCCAGCUUCGACGAUAUGGUGCUGCGCCACAAGGGCUACAGCAUGGAGCGCGAGGUCCGCCAGAUGUUCGCCAAGGACAUGCAGAACAUGAUCGAGCCGCUGUAUAACCGCUUCUGGGACAGGUACCAUGAGGUGGACAAGGGCAAGGGGAAGUAUGUCAAGUACGACAAGUCGGCCAUUGCGGCCGUGUUUCUGACGUUGUAUUGA